AUUGGUUUAGACACACUGUUUCCUCUUUGUCUCUGGUCUGAUACACAAUGGUUCAGUUUAAAACUCUGUCUGUGUUUUUCUGUGUCAUGGGUUUGCUCUCAGAGACUCAGAGCUCUUUAACUUUGGAGGCAGAAGCUGGAGAUAACGUUACUAUUUGGUGCAAACAUGAUCUAAAACAUCCAGAUACGAUCUUCUGGUUUAAACACACAAGUGAUUCAGUUCCACUUCUUCUUGGGUGUAAAAAGUUUUUGACAUCAGCUCCAUCAAAGUCGUGUUACUUCUUUAGUGAGAGUGAGAGAAUAGUGAUGUCUAUUCAUGGCAGUAAAACAUCUCUCACAAUCACUACAGUAAACGUAUCUGAUACAGGACUCUAUUACUGCAGCUUCAGUGAGAAAAUGAUCUUCAGUGACUCCACAUAUUUACAAGUGAAAGGAUUAAAUAAAACAGUUUCUGAAGACAAAGCAACAGGUUCUGUGUCUCCUGCUGUGUUCUUCAUGCUGAUUGUGAUGUUUGGUUCAGUGUCUGUGUUUCUUCUCUUUGUCCUGAUCAUCAUACUGAAGCACAGAAAAACACACAGAGGUGCUGAAGCAGAUGAUAAUGAGUUCAGAAGUUUGCAUUUCCCUUUGUGAGGAUCCUGACUCUGAUUCUGCUCUACAGCUCUGGAAGAAGAAAACCAAAAGGAGACAUGAUGAAAUGGAGUACUCUUAUGUUGUGUUUUCUUCUGUCACUCAGUAACACAGCAGAGUCUUUGUCAUGUGUCUACAUCAUAUCACACACUGUUUACUGAUUACUGACCUCUUACACAUUUCUGAUAGUGAGUCAAUGAAGGAAUGAUCACUUUUACACAAAAUACAUGAAUCCUCUAUUUUACACAAGAGGAUUCAUGUAUUUUCACUAAAAUACAUGAAUCCUCUAUUGUGUAAAAUAGAGGAUUCAUGUAUUUUCACUAAAAUACAUGAAUCCUCUAUUUUACACAAUAGAGGAUUCAUGUAUUUUAGUGAAAAUGUAUUAUGUAAGUAAUGUAUAUGUUAAAAAAAAAAAGAAUGAAGCCUGUGUGUCUUCUAAUAUGACUGUUACAGUGUUUUUCUCUCAGUUCAUAAAGUUCACCUAAAGUAUCGGUUUGCGUUAAUAUUUCAUGUGUAUGUGUGAAUCAGCUUAUAAGUGACAGAAAUGUGUGACGGUUUAACAACACUGAGUGUGUAAUCUGUCGCUAAUGUCUAAUCUCAGUCUAAUGCUCUCCUUCAGUUCUUCAGCACAUAGUAUGAGGUCAUUAGCAAGAAUGUAUACAGUUUAGUGCAUUAUUGUUUGUACUUACAUUUUGUACUGAAACUUUUAAUCAGCUUCAAAAUAUAAAAUCUAACUUUAUUGCUGAUGAAUUGAACAGAACAAAUAUCUUUCACAUUUUUAUUAGAAAACUGAUUAUACAUUAAAAAAUACAAGUAGAUUGCUCACAUUAAAUGUAUUUAUUUAUUUGUUUGUUCGUUUGUUCACAUCACAGUUUGUUAUUCAGAAUUCUUCAUCUAAUUAAAUAAAUAUACAAUGUGUAAUUAUAGAGCAUUAGAUUAAUGAUUACAGAUUGUACACAUGCCCUGGUUGAGCACUAGGUGGUGCUGUGAGGGUUUUUCUAUAAAUGAACAGUUGCGUUGGUCUCGAGCUAAAGAGGGAACAAUGUUUAAAUCAAAAACACCUCCUGUGUACUCUGUAAUUUGGAAAACUUCCCAACUCACACUGAUUAUAAAGAUAAGAAAAGCAAACACUCAUUUAAUUCCUGUAUUACUGAAUGUGUUCCAAUUUGUGUGUGUGAGUUUGUGUGCGUGUGUGUGUGUGUGUUUUCUUUCAUAUUAAUCACAUUUAUCACCUACAUGUACAUAUGCUAGAGAUUCUACAGCUAGUUUUUCUUUGUCUCUGAUAUGUGUAUGUAAGGACAUCUGUGAUUGCAGUAUUUUGUUACAGUCCUAUUUGUGAGAGAAGAUGGAUGUAGAUAUGGAGAUGAAAAAAGAUAUUGAAAGAGGACAAAGUUAAUUGGCCAAGGAUAGAGUUAGUGAGACCCCUAACAGGAAAAUACGAAAGUAGAAGAAGAGGAUUUAAUUGUAAUGUUUUAUCCACAUAGGGGUGCACGGUGGCUUAGUGGUUAGCAUGUUCGCCACACACCUCCAGGGUCGGGGUUUG